AGGUGACCUUCGUCUUCGCUGUUGUUGAAGAUCAUCAAAAUGAAAAUGUUUGGACGUCAGGAGAAGUGGUCGAUCAUGAACUAUUCAGACGAUGUCCAUGUACUUGUUCAGUUUUUGAGACGGAUAUCGAGAUUGACUUUUCGAAAGUUGUCAGAGCCGAAGAAUGAUUACUCAGCGAUCCCCUUCGGGUGGUUCCCUCUAUGGAGCGAGUGUUCUUUCCUGUCAUCGAGCUCUGCGCCAUCAGGGCUUGAGUCAUAAUGUCCUGUUCCAGCGCCUCUUCUCCUCAGCGCCUUCUGCAGAACGGUUCCCAUCAAGGCCAUGGCUCGGCUUCCGCGACAGAGAACGGCACUGGAGGCAGAAGACACAGCAUAGUGAGAACUUAUGACAGCACAAAGCAACCAACGGCAACGAAUAAGUGUUCUUAAUUUUCCAGCUGGGGAAAACGGAGGAGCCUUCUAGUUCUAGCAGAAAGGAUGACGUUCUUCAGAAAAGGCCCUUACGACGCCCGACAAUCUGAUGAAGAUCGAGAUACUUCUAGUAACAUUUUAGUACAGUGUCACUCUCAUCAUCAAAUCAAAAUCAUAAUCAUAAUCAUAAUCAUGAUGAAUACCUUCAUCAGGUUUCUUUGGGAAGUAGUUGAGUAGUCGCAGCUAUCCUCUGUUGUCUAAGUACGGCGGAUUCCGUAGAGGCUCACCUGCCAACACUGUUCCAUGGAACCGUGACGGACCUGCGUGUGACGAAGCAGCAGGGCAAAUAUGGCGCGGAUGUCGGGCUGAUAAAGGAUGUCGCAUUUGCGGAGGAAGCAGAUAUCAUCGAAAACAACUGCAGAAAUUGGAGCCCAUCUUUCACUUAAGCCAGCACUGAUGUUGUCUGUUGAUUAUACUCGUCAAGCAGGCAAGCAUGAUGAUACUUGUGAAGACUAUGUUCCACAUCAGAUGUCGAUGGAGCAAUUUGAGUGGCAAGAGUCAGAUUCUGACUCAGAACGAGACUUAUAAAUACCGUAGCGUAAGGUAAAUAACGAGUUUCGGGUUGCUCGAGUUGCAACGGGUUGCUCGGGUUGCCGAAGCGCAGGGGUUCCAAAUCUGGAACGGGUUGCCAGGAGAAUCCUGAUCCAGCAAAAUGGGGCGAAGCCGGGCGGUAUGGGGGAGCAUUCGCACGCUCGAAGUGAAGAAAUGAAGAAGAGCGCCGUUUUUGUUUUUUGUUGUUGCUCAUGAAAGGGGCAACCACGUGCGAGUGGCUCUGCAGCCUUUCCGGCUCUUUUGUUGUAGCGUGCGGGCGCGUGUUUGAAGCGAAAACAAGGAGCGCAGGCCCCUGCUCUCUGUUGUUUUUUUUGAGGUGGGUGGCGCUGUGGUGUGUCGUCUUCGAGUCGUUGGCGAUCUCUUCCUUUUUUCUUCGAUUGCGAGCGUGGCCAAUCUACUUGGGGGCUGAGAGCGAGUCUCCGUCUGCUGGCUUCAGCGGGCGACGUGUCCAGUCUUGGGCAUAGCAGUAAGUAUACUGGAGGAGGUAGCUAAACUGAAAUGGAUUGACGCGCUAGAUAUUUAUAUAUAUAUACGAGCGCAUCGCCAUCAGCAUGCAACUAGAAUGGCUUAGACGUCGUAAGUAGAUAGGGCGUCGCCGCUAGAUAUCUUACCCAUCUAGCUAGAUACCACACUACUCAGCUGAGAGAGGGAAUAGGUGGCCGCACUUCCUUGGCAAGAUAGGGGUAGUUGAUGGGGCCUUAAGGGCGCACUAAGAAGAAAGUCAAGGAUCAGGGACGCGGCGCGUGGUGUCCUGCGCUCCUGUUCAGGUCUCUCGUAGGGUCAUAAAUCUGCGCCUGAAGGGCGCCGCCCAAAAGAUUUGGGUUGGCAACUCGAGCAACUCGAGCAGCCCGGCCCGAUAUGGGUCAAAAAAAAACCUAACUCUAUUAUAGUAUUAAUUUUUUAUUUUUUUCCUUUGCAUCGAUCGCUCGGAGUAGACAGUUUGAUACUUAGACGCAUGCACUACGUGAACGGGAUCACUACGAGUCCACUGUCGUUGUAGAGCGCGAAAUCUAUUCACACAAUCGGUGUUCCAACAUGCUUCUCCUCUAAUCCGUUUUUCUGCAUAGGUACUGCUAGAAGUCUUCCCACAUGCUUCUCCUCUAAUCCGCUUUUCUACAUAGGGACUGCCAGCGCACAAAGGUGCAAGUCGGAGAUAAAGUCCUCUUCAAGGGGCUGCGUGUCGAUGGGGUGGGUAAAUCUGGGCGACCUAGGUUCUCGGCUGUAUCUGUUAUUGGCGGAACCGGCGGGCUAAAAGAACAUCAACACCAUAGAAGACGCGUUUUCUUUCAAGAUGUUGUUAAUGGCGCUAGACCAACCAGGCGGGAGCCGAGAGAUCAUCCAAGUCAAAAAUAUAACGCAGAAGCUAGAGCAGCAGCUACGGAGCGCCUUGGAACAGCAACGACACUAAAAAGCGCAUCGACGAAAGCUACAGAGGAAACAAAAGGCACGCCAGCAAAAGAACAAAGCAUGGCAACGGCAGCUUCUAAGGAAGACAUCGUGGCAGCAACGGGUAAAGGACAAGGCAUAGAAGCAGCCGAAGUGCAGUCAACUGCUGGUAGUAACGCCGAAGCAGGGGUAUUGUUUAUCAUUUUUGAGUACGUAGUAAAAACAAACAUACUCAGAACAAAGGAUUCCACUUCAAGUAUUGAUUUCAAUAUAACCAACGCCAGCACUACCCGUGAGUUUUUGUGCAGUGCGCAUGUGGGUAAAAGAGCAAGAAUGCUAAUGGCAAAAAAGUCUGUCCUUCUGACUGUCAACAUAGCACGUAGUUCUAAUUCCUACCAAAUUUCAGGUGGCUCCAUCUUCAAGUGCAGCAACGUUUCGAGUACCAGACGAGGGACAAACGGACUCUACUCAAGCAUUGCCGCGAAAAGACACUGAAUCCCGUGAGCCGCAGCCACCGUCGAGGAACGACAACGAUAAAUCAGAGUCGCGAAAACGCGUGCCCGUGACUGAAGAUGUAGACUGAAGAAAGGGUAGCCCAGCCAAAUAGAAGUCCUCAUUUUCGCUUCCAUGUAUGACGCCUUUCGGAAAGGGUGCGUAUUUACCGUUGCUUGUAGCGCAGUGCAGCCGCAGAGUAAUACACGGCUCGCUAUGAGGCACCACAUUUAUUUUCGCGCUGGUGCCGUGCAGAUCGCGUUUUUUCGGAGACUUGGAAGCAGAAAUCAGUAGGUGUGUCAUGCUGAUCUAUGAGAUAUCUUGUCUACAUGAUCGAGUGCGCGUUCUUGUUGUACAAUGAACUUUCUGUCAACGGACGAAUGGCGUCUUGAAAACUUCGUGCAGCCAUGCUUUUUGUUUUGUCAGUUUUUAUACAUAGAAACAACCACCGCACCCUGAAAAGCGAAAUUCGCCUGUCUUUGCAGUUUUUCUGUU